AUGCAUUUUGUACGAAGAAAUUCCGUACUUUUUUAUGAUCGAGGCAUUGUUUGUUAUAGAUCAACACCUAUUCCUCAUCAUAUAAAACCUAAACCUUCAUUAACUUCUAAAAACACUCCAAUUUACAAUGAUUCACCAGUUAAUUAUGAGCAAUCCUCUGAUGAUGUGGGUGAUUUCGUGGAGCAUCACAUAGAUUUCGUUCCUAAUAAACCUCUCAACUUGCUGGACUCGAUAUUUGAAUUUAAAAAGCCAGAGGAUAAACCAAAAGAGAAGAAAACAAAUACUGUUGAAUACUGUGGCCCUUCAAUAUUUUGGGAUGAAGUAACAAAGAACUGGCCUAAAUAUGAUCCUAAUAAGGAACAGGAUAUUGAAAAAUCAAAGCCAAAAUACUCUUAUAACGUAUUGAAAGGUAAAGGCAUUUUCAGUGAUGAAAAACCUAUUAAACACAAUGCUGGGUACAUGCCCCCUAUCUUAAGGGAUAUGCAUGAAAACAGCUACAUAUACAAAAAUGCUGUUAAAACUAGUGAACAGAGAAAUGCUGAACAUGUUAUUAAUAGAUCUUAUCGAGACAGGAGAAGUAUCAUUAGUGAAAUUUACGACAUGGAACUCAAACAACAACUUGCUCUCAGUGGAAUCCCUAAUGAGUCAUCAACAACUGAUGUUAUAGACAGUAAUACUGUCAAAUCAACUAUUCCCGAGGAGGAAUUCUCACCAACUAGUACACCUAGGAGAACGGAAUCUUCAGAUAGCAUCAUUUUGAGUAAUCGUGAUGGUCCUAGUUCAGAGGUGGCAAGUAUAUAUACUAGGAUUACGCCUAGUUUUUUACAAAACAGGCUAAUAACUGAUGAAGAAAUAUAUAAAGCUGUAGAUUCGCCCUUCACAAUAAGAUCCAUUAAAUCAUUUAAAAUGGAUUUGAGUAGAUUAUGUUCUACUCUAAGUUCCAAAAACACUUCUCGAGCAUUAUCUAGAUACACCACAAGUGUAGAAACUGCAAAGUCCAUUCUUGAGAAACCAAUUCUCUCUAUUGAUGAAACUCCUGAGGAAUCUGAGUCUGGAGCUCAGUUAUUUUCAGAAUCAUUUAAACGUAACAGUUACAUCCAGUCUAAAAGUCCCAGUGGUAAUUACGAAUUAGAUGAGCCACAAGAUUCUGGAAAGUUUGAAGGGACCAGUGACUUACUUACUGAAUAUAAAAUUGGCUACCCUGAGAAUGAAACAUCUUUAUAUAAUGAAGAGAAAUCUUCGUCUAUUGGUGAUUAUCAUUUAAAUGAAUUAUAUAAUAGUAGAAACGUUCUUUCAACCAAAAGUUCUUGCUCCGACCUUUACGUUAGUAAUAUUAUAAAAACACCUUCUGAAAUUUCACUAAACUUAUCUGAAAAUCAAGGUUCUGAUACCUCUAAAAACGACAUAGAAGUAGAUCUUUCCAAGGAAUUUAUAGAUGUUUUACAAAAGGGCGAUUCAACUGUUUCUUUAGGGCAUAUGUUCACCAGCAAAUCUGAAUUUGACGAUACUGUAACCAAGAUAAGGUCAUUUGAAAAGAAGGACUCAACUAUUUCACUUAUACAUAUGUUCACUAACAAAUCUGAUUUUCAAGAUCAACUAAGUAAACAGGGUUCAUUUAACAAGUAUGAUUCAACUAUUUCACUUGGACAUAUGUUUACCACUAAAUCUGAAUUUGAAAAUACUGUAAGCAAGAUCGGACCAUAUGAAAAGGCUGAUUCAAAUAUCUCUCUAAAGCACAUGUUCACUACUAAAUCUGAAUUUGAAGACAUUGAAAGCACGACUAUCCCAUAUGAAAAGGCGGAUUCAACAAUUUCAUUAGGGCAUAUGUUUACUAACAAAUCUGAACUUGCAGAUAAUGAAGGCAUUGCUGUCCCAUAUGAAAAGGCUGAUUCAAAUAUCUCUAUAAAGCACAUGUUGACUGGUAAGACUGAUUUUGAAGAUAAUGAAAAUCAAAGCGUCCCAUACGAGAAAGAGGAUUCAACCGUUUCUCUAGGACAUAUGCUUACCAAUCAAUCGGAAUUUAAAAAGGCCGACUCAACUAUUUCACUUAACCACAUGUUUACUGAUAGAUUUGACACUCAAGAUGAGUUUAUUACAGAAUCGAGGUAUAUUGAAACUGAGGCAAAUGAUGCAGACCAAGGCCAACUAGAAUACGAAAAUGACACAUUUGACUUUAGAAGAAAUGUAGUAAGGCCUCUAAAGAACAAUCGCUAUGAGAUAUUAGUUAACGGGUUUGAUGCAACAGCUUACAUAGUUAACACCGAUAAACCUUCAACAUCUUCUCAUUGCAAAAUCUUUUUCGAUUACGAUGAUGACAAAUUGUUGUUUAAAUUAGAUCAAAAUAUUUUUGACAUAUUUGCGACUGACUUAUACUGCGAAAUCAUAAGAAAUAAGAGAAAGAAACACACUUAUUUGAAGGUUAUUAUGGAGGACCGUAUAGACGCAGUUAUUGCAAUUUAUUGUGAAAAGACCGAAUACAUAGAACUCUUGGGUGGAACAAUUGGAUGGCUUAAUGAGGGUCCCAAAAUCAAUGAAAAUGACGAGAAUUCCAGGAAAGCUAAACCAAGAAAAAGCCUUUUUGAUAGAUUAAGAAACAAGGAAAAUAAGGAUUUGGAGGAUACCAAGGAAAAGCGAAAAAGCGAAAUGAAACCUAGAAGAACACUUGGACUGUUCAGUGCCGUGAGGAGAAAAACAGUCAGAUGAAUAACUAGAUAAGGAGAAAGAAUACACAUAGAAGUAUGUGUUAAUAAUAAAGGACAAUACACACUAUCUAAUCAAGAAUAUAUUUGAGAUCAAAAUAUGAAAUAAAAAUGUAAUUUAUUCCUAAUGCCGCUGAGACUAAUAGUCGAAAAUAAAUCCAUUAAAUCCAUUUUAAUCCUUCCUCAACCCCAUUAUAUAAUUUUUUAAUUAUUU